AUGGCUUAUCCUCAGGGCUACUUGUACCAGCCAUCGGCGUCCCUAGCGCUGUACUCAUGUCCCGCAUACAGCACCAGUGUCAUCACGGGACCCCGGACUGAAGAACUCGGGAGAUCCUCGUCUGGAUCUGCUUUCGCACCUUAUGCCGGAUCUACCGCCUUCACCAGCGCCUCACCGGGGUACAAUUCCCAUUUGCCGUACAAUGCAGACGCAGCUGCGGCCGCCACAUUCACCUCGUAUGUGAGCUCCCCAUACGACCACACCACGGGUAUGGCAGGUUCCAUAGGAUACCACCCGUAUGCCGCGCCACUGGGCACGUACCCAUACGGCGACCCAGCCUACAGGAAGAACGCCACACGGGACGCCACGGCAACGCUCAAGGCCUGGCUGAACGAGCACAGAAAGAACCCGUACCCCACCAAAGGAGAGAAGAUCAUGCUCGCCAUCAUCACCAAGAUGACCCUCACACAAGUGUCCACCUGGUUCGCCAACGCCAGGAGGAGACUCAAGAAGGAGAACAAGAUGACGUGGACCCCCAGGAACCGCAGCGAAGACGAGGAGGAGGACGAGAAUAUUGAUUUAGAGAAAAACGACGAUGAUGAGCCCUGCAAACCUCUAGACAAGGGAGACUCCACCGACACAGAAGCAGAUCACAAACUCUUAAACCCUGGGGACUUAGGCUAUGACCGGUUUAAAGAAGAGAGCCAGGGCAAAGACACGGAACCUCUCCUUAGCGACUCGGAACUAAAGGACACAGAGGAGCGAACUAGUUCUGCAGAGUUGCACCCAGACUCAGCCAGACCCACCACGUCCUCUCCAUCCACGGUUUCCAGAGCGAGUGUCACGCUUCAAGACAAACCGUCAGACCUGAGCCUCGCACCCGCCUCAGUGACAAGCAACGUGACGUCUGUAAUCCACUCGCCCCCCUCGGCCCCCAAACCAAAGCUGUGGUCCCUCGCGGAGAUCGCCACGUCCUCGGACAGAUGCAGUAAAAGUGGCAACAGCGACGCGUCCCCUGCGCAGAGUUCCGUGAUGGGCUCGAGCGCGUCCCCGUCUCGGUCUAGUCCCCAGUGCGCGCUCCCGAACAGCACGGUCCUCUCGAGGCCUCUGUACUACACGACCCCCUUCUAUCCUGGCUACACGAACUAUGGGGGCACUUUUGGACACUUGCACAGUAACCAUGGCUCGGGGUCCUCGCCGCAUUUCAAUGGAAUAAAUCAGACUGUGUUAAAUAGAGCCGAAGCGCUGAUGGGACUCUGUGGUGGCCUCUUUCCUGCUCUACAACAAACCGUCCCAUCUCGCUCCUCCCAUUCUGAUGCCCAGAGUGUGUCGCACAGACUGGAGAAGAAGAAAAGGCGACGAGAAGAGAUAGUGUUACCCCUCCUCCCUUUGGCUGUUAACCCUACUGACCUGAUGGGCAUGAGAAUGGAGCUGCAGGAGUCGCUUGGCAGAGUGCAAGCACAAUGGGCAGUUUAA